CUGUAUAGCGAAGCGCUGCCCAUCAAUGAUACUGAUGGUACAACUACAGGUUACGUUAUCAUUGAUACAAGUGUUGGAGUCGAUACAGUAUUUUUCUUCACAUGGCUUUUGUACCCUGUAGAAGUUGUUCUAGAAAACCCAAAAGGACGGCGUUUUGACAAUACCAAUGAAGAGUAUGAUUUCAACCGCGUAGUUAGUAUUAUCAUCAUCCGUAUAAGUGAGCGUGCUAUGGCCGGUCGUUGGAAAUUUUCAAUCUCUAACCAUUCGCCUUCUCCAUCGCAUAUUGUCACGGUAACUGUUGAAUCCAAGAAAGCCUCGACUGACGACACACCAAUCACACUCACGUCUUUUGUCAGUGAUCCGUUCAUUGAUUAUCAAGUCACGCCUUAUAUAACUAUAUUCGCAUUUUUAAGCAAGGGAAACGAGUCUGUUGCUAAUGCUGAUGUAUUCGCUAUCUUGGAAACACCAAACGCAAAUGGUGACGUAAUUCAACUAUAUGACAAUGGUGCAAAUGCGGACAUAACAAAAUAUGACGGCGUUUACUCGGCGUAUUUCUUCAACUUCACCGACAAUGGGCGUUAUAGUGUUGAAGUAAAAGUCAGGGCCAAUGAACAUACAUCAUUAAUUAGGGUUGUGGAGAAUUCAAGAUCUUUUUCGAUUCAAAGAGGUUAG